AAUGAAGAAGAUACGAAAAAGAAUUUCCCGGGCAAAAUUUGAAAAUAUAGCAUAUUUAGCAUUGAACGUAUUUAAUAUGAUUACAUUUUCUAUGGUCUUUGCUGCUUCUAUCACAAAAGCAAAUCAAAGUCGCUUAUCAGAAAUCAUUCAAGCUAUUUAUUGCACGACAAUAAGUUUCCUCUUAAUCUUGAACGAGUUUCUCUCACUCCCAUGGAUGCAUUUCUAUUUUGGCUUCUUGAGUAUUCAUCGAGGUAAAGGUAUACUUAUGCUAUUCCUUGGAUGCUUAGUCAUAUGUGAUCUUGCAUUUAAUAUCAUUGUGACCAUAUUGGCAUUUACUACAGGCUUUACACAUCUUUUACUAUCGCUUGUGCCUACAAUACCACCACCCAAUUGUUUUCUUGUGCAUUGGCAAAAUCACAAUGAUUUUUGGGCUGAAGGACUUGAUUUAGCGAUACCUCCUACCGUUCCUACUAUUACCACAACUACAUUUGAAUCAAACGCUAACAUGCUACAUAACACUGUGCCUUUACUUCAAUUUCCUCAUCCAUCUGCGUGGCAUCCUCCGUCUUCUAAAAUAGCAUCUAAUUCAGCGCAUUCGUUUUUAACAUCAACAUUUAAUAUAGACUGUACACAAUACAAUGGUAAUAAUCAUCAUCUUCGUGUAUCAUAUUAGUAUAAGCAAAGCAACCAGGCUUUUAUACCAUCUCUUAAAAUAAAGUGUGU